GCAACGAAAGGCUCAAGAAGUUUCAUUGCAGCUUCCCAAAAUCUCUUCCUUUCUCAGAACAGAAUCAGCUUUAUCUUCUCCCUGCCGUGCCAUCCGCUUGCCCAGUUGUUCUUCGCGUGCGCCUGUCUCCGCCGCAUGCUUUGUUUUGAUUUGUUAUUCCAAGAAACCAUCGGGGGGCUCUAGCUAGCUCUUUCUUCCUCCUCGCAUGUUACCGGGCUGCUGCCAUCAGCCAGCGGCAGCCUGUACCAUCGCCUUGGCCACCGGCGGCGGCGCAUGGGUGGCGUGUUCGGCGCCUUGUUCGGCAGCCACCGCCGUGCCGGGAGGGCGCCGGCCGUCAGGCACCGCGGCCUGGCCACGCAGCCGUCGUCGGCCUACGACGGCGGCCGCCGGCGGGCGAUGCUCAGCAAGAAGUACUCGUACAUACCCGACACCUACACGUCGCUCGACCAGGUGGCGGCGGCGCUGCGGCAGCAGGGCCUGGAAUCGUCCAACCUCAUCCUCGGAGUAGACUUCACCAAGAGCAAUGAAUGGACAGGGAAGCAGUCGUUCGGCGGGCAGAGCCUGCACAGGCUCGGCGACACGCCCAACCCCUACGAGCAGGCCAUCAGCAUCAUCGGCAAGACGCUGGCGCCGUUCGAUGAGGACAACCUCAUCCCCUGCUUCGGCUUCGGCGACGCAACCACCCAUGACUACAACGUGUUCAGCUUCCACCACGACAACUCCCCGUGCCAUGGCUUCGAGGAGGUCCUGGCUUGCUACAGGAAGAUCGUGCCACACCUCAGGCUAUCCGGGCCGACGUCGUUCGCGCCGAUUGUAGAGGCGGCCGUCGACAUCGUGGAGCGGAGUGGAGGGCAGUACCAUGUUCUAGUCAUAGUUGCAGACGGACAGGUGACUAGGAGUGUUGACACAGGUGACAGUGAUCUGAGCCCACAGGAGAAGAGAACAGUGGACUCCAUUGUCAUGGCAAGCUCCUACCCGUUGUCCAUCGUGCUGGUUGGGGUCGGGGAUGGUCCCUGGGAGGACAUGCAGAAGUUCGACGACAAGCUCCCGACGCGCGACUUCGACAACUUCCAGUUCGUCAACUUCACCUCGAUCAUGGCGAGGAGCACGACGGCGCAGCAGAAGGAGUCGGCGUUCGCGCUCGCCGCGCUCAUGGAGGUCCCCAUCCAGUACAAGGCCACCGUUGAACUCGGCAUCCUAGGUCGAACGACUGGGAAAGCUAAGAGGGUUCAGCCGGCGCCGCCACCACUACCUCAGAGGCAGUCGUCGUUAAGGAGGGGGAGCAGCAACGUUAGCUCUACAUCGGCGCCAUCUCCGAGAGAUGAUCAGGUGUGUCCAAUCUGCCUGACCAAUGCCAAGGAUCUAGCAUUUGGCUGUGGCCACAUGUGUUGCAGGGAAUGUGGGGAGAGCCUCACCAGAUGCCCGAUAUGUCGGCAGCCGAUACGGUCGAAGUUGAGGCUAUAUUCAGGAUGAAUAGGCUGUGCUAAAACAUAACUUAAAUUGCCAUUGAAAAACAUAGCUCAAUCGCCAUAAAACAGAACAUACUGUGAUCAUGUACAGAGUGUCAAAUGUGUAAGAAAGGAGUCAAGUUCAGGUCCUCUUCGUCUCGAAUUUGGAUGAACCAAUGUUUCAUUUGUGAGGAAGUUUUUAGUAGUUUGUGAGCUAUUCUAUUUGUUUUUGUUUAUGCCAUGUUAAUCUGUAAUAUGUGUGGGGGAAGAUAUACAGAAGGUUCAAUUGGGUAUGUAAUUCUUACUUGUAUUGCCAGCAAAAAUAAAGGAAAUACAACAGGACAAAUUGCUGAUGUUGCGAUGCCAACAGAAGCAAGCAAAAUC